UUGUUUUGGGUCUGGCAUAAAGCGAGGAGUAUGAGGGACUUGAUGGACAUCUUGCACUUGUGGUUUGGAGGAUGUUGUGGGGAACUGGUCAGGGACACCCAAAUCAAAAACCAUGGAGUUCAGAGAGCUGGCGGGUUUGUGUCAGUGCCUGUGUAGCUGUUCUGGUGAGAGGUGUUCCUGUGAAGUGGGAGAGUACAAGGACCUUUUGGAGGUGCUGAUGUCUUUAUACCAGAGCACCCUGCUAAGGCCAAAUGCAUCACUUCUUUCUUGUGAGUGUGGGGAAACUGAGGCAUGGUCUGGUGAAGGAGUUUGCCCAAGGUCAGACACUGAGAAGGUAUCAAAGAGGACCCAGGCUGAUGAACCAUUGCUGCCACCUUCAAACAAAGCACCCACCUGUGGGUUGUUAAUUUGGAUUUGUUUAUUUGUUGGGAGCUGCCCAGACUGUGUCCAGGUCUGCUAUGUCUGUGUGGACCAGUGGCUGGAGCCUCCUGUUGCCUCCCUAGUGUGGAGGGUGAUCCCAUGGUCAGCAGGUCUAGGAGGCUUUCCUUGAGAGCAAAGAGGUGAGAAGGGGAACAGGCAGCCCCGUGCUGUGGGGAAGGUCUCUGGAGUGACACCACUCAUUCAGCAGGUGAAUUCCCAGCCUCAGGGCUCCUCCUGGCCCACAGGAAAUGGCCAUGAGCACCCUCAUGUGCUGCCAUAUGCCCAUCACUGACACAGAACCAGGGAGUGAGUGUGGCAAGGAGAGGAUCGUGAUCUGGAGGCACUGGAAGCAUGAGAGCGGACUGAUCUGGCACCAAGGAGUGCCCAACUGCUCCUUUGCCUGUUCUGUAACCUUGAUCAAAUUACUUCACCCAUCCUGGCUUGUCCUUCCCUCUGUACCAUCCUGCACUGUUUGUCUGCUGUUCUCUGCUCCUGCCCUUCACAGCCUCCUGGCUUGGCUCAUCCUGCCUUGCUUGGUUUCCCCAUGUCUCAUCCCUGAGCUGGGCAGCUGAACAGGUUUGGCCAUGGGUCCCCUUUCCUGGAGAGGAGUUGGUUCACCACCAGCAGUCCUGGGAGUUGAAAGCUUCUUUGGAGAAGACAAGAACCAUCCUUAACUUCACAGACAGCCUGAACCCAUUAGCAAACUGGGAAAAGUCCAAUUAACCUCAAUUCUUAUAAAAUGCACAGCUCUUGGUCUCUGUGCCGUCCUGCUGUCUGAUUUUGGCCAGACCUAGAGGAGGCACCAUUUCCCUAAGGGCAUUUCUGGUAAAGCCAGAGGAGCAGUCCCAGGAGAGUCUGACCUUGCAGGCCUGAAAGGAUUCAUGGCAGUUUGGGAUUUCUUAAUUGCCACAGUAAAUGGCUCCUUCCCACUAAUGGGCACAGCUCAUCCCCAGCAUGAAUGGGCUGUGGAGACAGAAAGAGACACUCCAGUCCUGGAAGUGCUGUGGAGCUGGCUGUGCCUCUUGGAUCCAUCAGUUCUCUUCCCAAGCCCUGUGCUGGGGUCCUGCAAGGCACCCUCUGCUUACCAAGCAGAUUCUUUAUGGAGUGCAGACCAGGAGUAUUUGGGUCUGUGUCCAUCUGCCUAUCAGCACUGUGUUUCCUCCUGGAAAGCAAAUUAAUCUUGUUCCACCAGGAUCAAACAACACAAUUCCUAUCCAAACUGAUGGAUGAGAGAGGAAAUUCCCACUCCUGCUGUGGUCAGCAUGAGUGUCUCCCCACACGAGUGUGAGCCUGAGAGGCCAGAGCUAUCCUGCCUCUGUCAUUGUGACACCCACAGCUCCUGGAUGAGCACAGAAGCUUCCUGAAGCUCUCAGUCCGUGGUGGAGCUGGCACCAGUAAAACUCAAACCACAGAGUUUCCUUGUGGGUGGAGAAGUGGAUCUGUCACUGCAGUGUUUUAGCCACUGGGUCUCCUGUCUUUGUCUGUCCAGGCAGGAGGUGGCACCUCUCUGGGGCUGGUGUGUUGGUGUCCUCUGUGUGCUGUGGCCACAAGAGAAGCUUCCUAUGAAGUCUCUUUUCUUCUUGAGAAGAGAUUCCUUGAUAGUUACUUUUCCUGACAAAGCGUUUGGUUUUAGGGGACUUACUCCAGCCAUUUUAACUCGGGAUUCCUCUGAUGACUUUGGAACAUUUUGGUGCUGCUUUUGUCUGAUGAGUGUGUGCAGAAACCAGUCAGACAGGCAGAGAGGGAAUCCUGCAGAAACCAGGGGCUGCUAGCUGUACUGGGACCCGUGCAGGGGGUGGGGUGCAGGCAGGUACAUGCCCCAUGGCUCUGUUUCACUCUGGGGCAGCAGUGUCACAUUGGAGGAGGCAGAACAGGACAAGCCUCUCCAGUAACAGGCAACAGGACAAGAGGAAAUGGUGUCAAGUUAUAGCAGGGCGGUUUAGGUUGGAUAUUAGUGAAAACUCACCAAAAGGGCUGUGAAGACCUAGAACAGGCUGGAUGAGGAAGUGGUGGAGUCACAGACUGGAGGUAUCUAAAAGAUGGGUAGAUGUGGCACUUGGGGACAUGUUUUAGUGGUGGCUUUGACUGGGGUUUCAUACUUGGGUGAUCUUAGUGAGUCUUUGUAACCUAAAUGAGUCUGUGAUUCUGAGUGAGCUCUGGCUGGCACCUGGAGUCAUCUGUGUGUCAGAAGGAGGGGAUGGGCACCCUCACUGGCUGUCCCACACAGGUCUUAAAUACAGCAGAACAAUGUGGCCGGAGCCAUUCCCUGCCAGGCUGGGCUGGAGGGAUCACUGUGCUGUGGUGCAAUAAUUAGAAACCCUCGAAUUCCUUGGCUGGCAGCUCUGGAAGGGCUGGCAAUGCUUCUAACAACUUCCCUACUGGGAGAGGCAGCCAGGCAUGGUCCUGAGCUGGGAACAGGGCUCCUUCCAGGGGGAUGAGCAGGACUGUAACCACGGGUGGGCCUUGAAUAGGGGGUGUCCCCACAGUCAGGUGUGUUGGGGAGUGCAGGAUGUGAGUGGGAUCAGCAAGUCUUUUCCUGUAGGAGCAUGGCAGAUACUCUCUCCUCACUUUUGGCCUUCCAGCUGCCCUCUCCUGUGAUGCUCUGUGGGGAAAACAGGUUUAUAGCUCUGGAGCAGAUGGUCCUGCAUGGUGACUAAUGAAGGGUCACUGCCUGUGACACCUGUCUGGGUGGAGGCAGGCUUGGCAGAUCCCUGCUGAACCAACCCUUUGGGAUUUAAGCAGUGGUUUGGCCAUGGCUGUGCCAGCACACCAUGGGUAGUCUGGGGACUCUGAAAUGGGCAGAUCACACCAGAUGCUUUCCAGCCUUUUCACUCCGUGCUUUCUCCUGGCUGUGACCUUCCCAGCAGCUGCACCCUCAGGGGAGUCUUGUGCCAGGGGCUGCUUCAGUUCUGCUGUCCUUGUGAGGCAUCUGUCCAUCCUUGUGAGCUGCUGCUGCUGCUCAGGAACACCCCUGGUUGUUCCUUACAGCUCCCCGUGGUGCCUGGCACAGCUGCUGGGCAGAGUUUGGGGGUUGUGUGGAGCAGCCCUGGGAGGCUGGGCUGGAGCAGGCAGCUGCCUGUCUGUCAUCCAGGAGUGCCUGCAGAGGCCGGAGCACAUGGCCCUGACAUCCCAGGUACACUCACUGGGAAAGUUCUUUCCCAUGAGAGCAGCACCCAAACCUCCCAGCUCCCUGCUCUCCCCAAGGCUGACUGUCUCUGCUGUUCAGCCAGCCUGGCAGAGGUAACAAAGCGUAAUUAAGUGCUCCCUUUACACAUCUGCUGGGGUCCACAGGAGGUUUGUGACUGGAUUUCUAGGGAAGGUGGUGAUGGCAGUGCCUGCCCCAGCCCAGCAUGGGGAGCCAGGAUCCAGGGAGGGGUGCAUGGGCAGGGCCUUGGUCUAUUCCUGUCCAGUGCUUCCAGCCCAGAGAGCACAGCUGUGGCUGUCUGUGACUCUGGCUGUGCUGGGCUUGGGUUCACAGCAUGGUCAUGGCAGGGAAGAGUUGGUCCAAUAAUCUCACAAUGAAAUGACCAUCACCAGCAAGUACAGCCCAGUGCUCAUGUCCAGCAUCAGGGAUGUCCCUGCAGGUGGGCAGACCUCAGAGGGUGGCUGGUGCAGACACAACCCACUGUGUCCAUUUAGUCUGCAGCCCAACCACAGAGGGUGAGACUGGCUAUCCUCAUGAUGGGGGUGUGGGCAGGGGCUGCUAUUGGGUCUUAGCCUGGGGUUUUGGGUGAUGAAGGGGCUGUGUAAUGUCCUGUGCCGCACAGUGGGUGCUCCUGGAGCAUCUGUCAUGCUGCAGCAUUGAGCUCUUUGGGGACUGGGAAGGGAUGCUCUGAGGAGGAUGCUGACAGAUCUAGGGAGCAGCAGGCCCGAGUUAAUGCUGUCUGUCCUCUCUUGUGCAUCCACAUGCACCACGCCAGGAGCGGCAGAAGAAGGCUGGCUUUCCCGAGAGCAGCGACGGCGCCAAGGACUCGGACAGCUCUGCCGGGCGCCGCAGCAGCGCCGGCCGCAAGCACGGCCGCUGGCGGGGCCGGCCGGACAGCCCCGGCGCCGUGGUGUCCAAGGUGGUGAGAGCCGUCACGGCCAGGCACAAACCAGGGUGGCGGCUGCCGGCCAUGCUGGAUUCCUCCAGCCACAGGAACCUGUCCGAGCUGCGUGGGGAGGCCCAGCUGGCCAUCUUCCAGCAGGGCGACACGGGCAGCGUGGAGGGGGCUCCCCAGCCCACUGACAACAGCUUCACCCCCAAGUGCGAAAUCACGGGCAAGGACGCCCUGUCGGCGCUGGCCCGGGCCAGCAGCAAGCAGUGCCAACAGGAGAUUGCCAACGUGGUGUGUCUGCACCGGGCUGGCAGCCUCAUGCCCCAGUCCGUGCCUCGCCACUGCCAGCUCUCAGGCAAGGUCAGCCCUGUGAUCCAGUGGGACGAAAGCCGGCUGCAGCAGGGCCCCCCCAGCAAGCCUGUGCGCAUUGCCUACAUGCUGGUGGUGCAUGGCAGGGCCAUCCGCCAGCUGAAGCGGCUCAUCAAGGCCGUGUACCACCAGCAGCACUUCUUCUACAUCCACGUUGACAAGCGCUCCAACUACCUCCAUCGCGAGGCUGUGGAGCUGGCCCGGCACUACCCCAACAUCCGAGUGACACCCUGGCGCAUGGUGACCAUCUGGGGAGGUGCCAGCUUGCUGAAGAUGUACCUGCGGAGCAUGAAGGACCUGCUGGAACUGUCUGAGUGGCCCUGGGACUUCUUCAUCAACCUGAGUGCCACUGAUUACCCCACAAGGACCAAUGAUGAACUGGUGAUGUUCCUGUCCAAAUACCGAGAUAAGAACUUCCUGAAGUCACAUGGCCGAGACAACGCCAGGUUUAUCAAGAAGCAGGGCCUGGACCGCUUGUUCCACGAGUGUGACUCCCACAUGUGGCGACUGGGCGAGCGUCACAUCCCCGAGGGCAUCGUGGUGGACGGGGGCUCUGACUGGUUCUCGCUGACACGCAGCUUUGUGGAGUAUGUGGUCUAUGCUGAGGACCAGCUGGUGUCCCAGCUGCGCCAGUUCUACACCUACACACUCCUGCCAGCUGAGUCCUUCUUCCACACGGUCCUGGAGAACAGCCACGCCUGUGAGACGCUGGUCGAUAACAACCUCCGAGUGACCAACUGGAACCGGAAGCUGGGCUGUAAGUGCCAAUAUAAACACAUAGUCGACUGGUGCGGGUGCUCCCCAAAUGACUUCAAACCCCAGGACUUCCUUCGGCUACAGCAACUCUCCAGACCCACCUUCUUCGCCCGCAAGUUUGAGUCGACGGUGAAUCAGGAGGUGCUGGAGAUCCUGGACACGCACCUCUAUGGCAGCUACCCCGCCAACACCCCGGCCCUCAAGGCCUACUGGGAAAACGUCUACGACCGUGUGGAUGGGCUCAGCGGUCUCACCGAUGUCACCCUCACCUUCUAUACAGCCUUCUCCAGGCUGGGGCUCCGCAAAGCCUCUUCCACGCCGGCAGCCAAGGCUGACAAGCUCUGCAGAUUUGAGCCUCGAGGAUUCCCCUCCAGUGUGCACUUAUAUUUCUAUGACGACCGUUUCCAGGGUUACCUGGUGAUGCAGGAAGUGCAAAAUUUGGCAACUGGGCAGACUGAAUCCUUGGAGAUGUGGAUGAUGCCCCAAGGAGCUCUGAAGCUGUCCAGUCAUGGAGGGCAGGCAAACCGCUUGCAAAACCUAGAGGUGGGGACAGAGUGGGACCCCAAGGAAAGACUCUUCCGCAAUUUUGGAGGCUUGAUGGGGCCUUUUGAUGAGCCGGUGGCCAUGCAGAAAUGGUCACGGGGCCCCAACUUGACGGCCACGGUGGUGUGGAUUGACCCCACCUAUGUCAUUGCUGCCUCCUACGACAUCACGGUGGAUGCUGAGGCAGAGUUCACCCAGUACAAGCCCCCCCUCAACCAUCCCCUGCGCCCUGGCGUCUGGACCAUCCGCCUCCUCCAGUUCUGGGAGCCUCUGGGGGAGAACCAGUUCCUGGUGGUGCCUCAGACCUUCAACAGCAAGCAGCCUCUCAGGAAAGAUGACAGCAGCUGGCUGCAUGGUGGCCCCCCCCGCAACGAGUACAUGGACCAGAACUUCCAGGGCCUGAGCGGGAUCCUCAGCCUGCCGCGCUCCGAGGCGGCCGAGGAGGAUGCGGCGCAGAAGGCGCGGCUGACGGGCAAGGAGCUGGAGGACUGGGCGGACGCUGCCAUCGGCACCUUCUGGUCUGCAGCGAAUGUCUGUGUCAGCAGCCCCUCUGCCUGCGCUCCCCUGGAGACCUGCAGCAAAACCUCCUGGAGCUCCCUCUCCCCGGACCCCAAAUCAGAACUGGGGCCUGUCAAACCUGACGGGCGGCUGAGGUAGCAGGAGCAGCCAGAGGGCAGCCUUGGGAGCAGGGAGCAUCCUCCGUUUCUGAUCUGGGGGGUGUCUCUGGACCACAUCACCCUGUGCCAUUUGCACCGUAGUCACUCAAGGAAGAGAAAAUGGGAACAUCCAGGCAGGGGAGAACCUUCUCCUGUGGGAUAUUUUGGGCAAUGAGGCAUGAGGUGCGUCUUGCCCAUCUCUGUGGGAAUGAGCCUUUGCUGGCCAGGGAGAGCGUGCUGGAGUGCCCAUCCCUGUGGGGGCAUGGCAGGCACCUGGGAAAAGCUGUGUGUUUCUCCAGGCCUUGGAGCUUCAGGAAAGGGUGAUGUGGGAGGGAGGGAGGGAGGGAGGGAUGGCUGGUGAGUGGGCAGGCUCUUGACCAGCUCAGCAUCCUGCCCACCCCAGACUAGAACUUGGCAGGAUGGGCCCUUGUUGCUGACUGCUGCCCUGGUGGGCUGAUGAGGGACUGGGGAUUGGCAGAAGCAGAAUGAGUCAAAACCUGCCAUGUGCACAGAGCUGCUGCUGGCUUAGGGUUUACAUCUCAUCCUUUCCACCCCAGCCCUUUAGUUUGUAUUUUUAUAAAUAUAUAUAUAGAAAUAUAUAUGAUGCAAAAGUGCAAUAGAGACGAGACCCCGCAUUGGCCGGGAAGUCCCUGUGUCUCCAUUUCCCCUGAGACUGUAACAUACCUUGUUCCCUUGGGUGUCCUGGUGCUACAGGACAGGGUGCUGGGUCGUUUACAUCCUUUUUUAUUAUUUUAUUAUUAUUGUUGUUGUUUUGCUGUUUGCCCAUUUCCUGCCGAGGGCUGCUGGGGACCUGUAACCUGUUGGCCUUGGGGCAGGGUUGCCCCCAGAUUGUGGGGCAGCUGCCCAACUAUGCCAAAUGUCUGGAGCCCUGGUAUGUUGUGCAACAGUGACUGAGGAGUGCUCAGUGUGUGGGUCAGGCCCAACAAGCUGCGCUGUAGACCCUGCCACUUCUGUCUCCACUUCAGCAGAAGGACGCCCUGAUCCCCUGCCAAAAUAGCAUCCACAGGGCCCAUGUGCUGCUGCAGAUGAGCCGUGCCUGGAGGGCUGCCCUGUGCCACAGCUCCUUGACCCAACAUUUUCUUUUCUCCCACAUCGGCAGAAGCUUUUGGGACCUGCUGUGCUUCCCUGGGCAAAAUGCAAAGCGGCGAGAGGAGGUCUGGCCAGCCCCAUCCUCCCUCCGCUGUUUCUGCUUCCCAUUGCUCCAGAGGGAAAAGGCGCCACCUCCUCUUGGGAAGGGUUGCAGUGAAGCAUCCCCCUUCCCUGCAGUGCCCCCAGGAUGUCCUUGGGAACUGCCUCUCACAUUCUUCUCUCCAAGACUGAUGCUGCCUGGAGAAGUCUUGGUUUGGUUUCAUCCUUCGAAGACACUUCACAGCUGGGGACAAUUUGGAGCCCAUCUGGCCCAACUCUGCUCAAAGCAGGGUCUCAGGAGCUGGUGGGGUUUUUUUGUCUCCAUGGAUCUGUGCCAUCCUAACUUUUCUCCCAUGUCCCAGCUCUCUCCGCCCAGCAGGUCUGACACUCCCAGUCUACAAUUUUAAGGAUGUGGGUGUUUCAAGAUGUGUACUGUAAAACGGAGGGGACUGAGACCUCUGUGUGUGAGGGCAGGUACCUGCUGGCACUCAGCCCCCCUGUCCUGCACCCACUUCUGCCUGGGGUGCUUUGCGGCAGUGGAGGAAUGUGGGGGGAGAAGGGCCACACACUGGAAGAUGCCAAAACUCUGUGUCAGAACCAUUAUAUAAAGUUGUCUUAAAUAUGCAACAUCACCACAAAUACAUCUCUAUCUCUACA